UGUCAAUCGGAAAAUGGCAGCGACGAGUGUUGUCGUUCUCGACAGAGGCAAUAAUACAACUUGUACCGUAAAUCUUUUCGGUGCAAGUGUGGUAUCAUGGAGAGUCAACAACCAGGAGCAAUUAUUUGUUAGCAAACAAGCAAUUUUCGAUGGCAAACGACCGAUACGAGGGGGAGUACCGUUUGUAUUCCCCCAAUUUGGCGAUUGGGCCUUCGGACCGAUGCACGGAUUCGCGCGGAUCGCUCGUUGGCAUGUGGAGAAAAUGCCGGAGCGGUUGCCCAGCGGAGACGUAGAAGCGGUCUUUAGCCUCAUGGAUGAUGACUUUACACGGUCCAUGUGGCACUUUCAGUUCAGACUGACGUAUCGGUUGAUACUCCGUGAAAAGGAGCUUCAUUUCAACAUCGGGGUGUACAACCCGAGCAAGGAGUUGACAUUCAGCUGCCAGCUCUUGCUCCACACCUACUUCAAAGUGCCGGACGUCCGUCGUUGUCAGAUCACCGGCUUGCAUGGCUGCAUGUUUAUCGACAAGAGUCGAGACGGCGUAAUGUACCAAGACACGCGUGAAGUGGUGACGAUAAACGAAUGCACGUCUCGCAUCUAUCAGAACACGAUGCAAGAGCACAUCAUCACAAAUGUUGUGAGUGGAAGGAAGAUGAGGAUACAGAAGUACAACUUCCCUGAUACUGUAAUCUGGAACCCAUGGGCGGACUUGGCAAAGGAGAUCCCAGACCUGGGUGAUGAUGAGUUCCCGAAUAUGGUGUGUGUGGAAGCGGGUCGUAUCGCUGCGCCCAUUGUACUUCUGCCUGGUACAGCUUUUGAGGCCAGUCAGAUACUACAGGUAAUGUAAAAGAUGCGUCAAAUCGCGCAGAGCCGUCCAAAUGUGAAGUCAAUUUGCGUAUGUUAUGACAAUAUUGCCGACUCACCUAUCUGAUUGAAACCUGGUUAAUUAUAUCAGAUAAGUUAUCAGACUAUGAUUAUUAUAAUGGAUAAAUUGAAUAAACGCACGUAUACGUUGUACGUACGUACUUAGGACGAACAGUACGCAAAACGAUUAAUACAUGUAUGGAAAGUUUAAGUAGCGCUCUGAGAGAGAUUUUUUAACGGACGGAUUACGUUCGAAUAGUAUUCGUGUGGUUGCAAUAACGAAGGCCUUUUACUCGUUAAUGGAAGGAACGAGAAAAAAUUGACUUUUUUGUGAAAUUUCCCAGCGCUAAAGUUAAAAUUCUUUUCAAUAUCUUUGAGGUCCACAUAUGUACUCCACAUAUUUUCUUGAAUGAUAUUUUUAUUUAUCCAUUAUAAUAAAAUCUUGCAACAUUUUAAUACACUCUCAUAAGUCCAGUGCAUUUACAUCCAUCCUGAAUUAGCAUAACUUUGUAUUUUAACUACUCAUUAGUAGGUCUUUUAAUAUUUUAAUUGUAAUCGCCUUAGGCUAUAAAUAUAGAAUAUCAAUCGGUAAUACAUUCGCAGUUAAACAUCUAAUUAUAUUUAAACUUAAAAAUAAUCUCAACUAUUCGAAUCUUAAAAGUUUAAAAAUGUAAAUAACAUUUUUAUUUCUCAAUUCUUGCCAUUCCAUAAUACGUCUUCCUUUAUUGUUAUUGUUAAUUGGAAAUUAUUACAUCUAUAUAUAAUAAUGGCUAAUACAUUUUUUCAAAAUUGUUCUCCAACGUAAUUCUCAGACUUGAUUUGCUUCGGUUGUGAUGUGACGUAUACGUUCCAAUUUCAUUCCUAUUUAAGUUAAGGUGAUAUAAGCUUUCAGAAUUAUCUUGUACAUACGUACUGAUACUCAGCCCCGGGGAUGUACAAAUGUUUUAUAGUUUUUGUUUGGUACUUUUGGAGGCUUUUAAAGUAUACGAUAAUUUUAAGAAUACGUACUUAGUUCCUUGCUUUUUUUAUGGUCCUUACAGAUGUCAUCGUAUAGUCCUAAGUGACCUUUCAUAUAAUGUUCUCAACUAAAUUAUAUUUGAGAAACAAAACGAAUGUAUCUUUAUUCAUUCAUAGCGCUGGUGCUUUAGUAAUCUCGACUGUAUUAUACAAAUAAAUAUUUUUUUUAAAUAGUAGUCAAAAUAAAAAUCAAUAGAUAUUUGCGACAGCGGAUUUGUACGGUGUAUGUCUACGUCAUCGUUUCUCAAGCGGGGGUCGCGAUCUUUGGGGAGGGGGGGGGGGUCGAGUUUGUUUUAAAAGGAGGUCGCAGUCUGUUGAAAAAAAAUACAAACUACAAAAGAUUCGUUAAAAAUAGCGCGCUAUGUACAUAUUAUUUUACUGUAACGGGGUUGCAAUACUGUUUUAGCUACUUUUUGGUUUCGUGGGUUGCGACAUAAAAAUGAUGGUCUACGUAGCAUCAUGUUUCCGGUCCUAUUUACAAAAAUUCUGAUGUAAGGUCACUAAGGUCUAUAUUAUCAAGGGAUUUUCAUGGUUUGUUAUCGAAAAUGUGCUCUCUUUGACAAUUUAUAGUUUAAGAAUUACCAAUUAUAAAAUUGUAUGACUCAAUUAGCAACUAAAAUAGUAUUAAUGUUCAUGUAAUAUCCUUUUUAUGGAUAAUAAAUUUUGUAUUAAGGGUUAAAUUGGUGGUCUGAAUAAUGGACUCUUAGCAACAAGAAGUGUACUUCCAUAGGUGCAAUAAAGUGAUUAAGACAC